AUGAGGUUGAUUUGGGACGCCGCGGCAAAAGUUAAAGGCGUAUCAUUAAACACGAUGCUGUUGAAAGGACCGGAUCUGUUAACACCCCUGUUGUCCGUAUUGUAUCGCUACCGCGAACGAGAGGUUGCGAUAUGCGGAGAUAUAAAGGAAAUGUUCCACCAAAUUUUGAUACGGGAGAAAGAUCGCAGUGCGCAGCUUUUUCUCUGGAGGAACACUCCUGACGUGCCGAUGGAGACGAUGGUAACAGAUCUUUGGUGUGACGUGCUCGCCGUUGUGCUGAAACGUAUCGGGGAAGUCAACCCAACGGCAGUGAAAUGUUUUGUUGCUGAUAAAGAGGUAGCUUCCAAACGACUGCUAGGGUUAGUUUGGUUGUCAAAUGACGACGUUUUCUCAUUCACGUUGAGCUUUCGGGACGAUGUCAGACGGUUAGUUCAAGGCGAAGUUAUUCCCACGAAAAGAGAGUUACUGCGAGUUGUCAUGAGCAUCUACGAUCCUUUGGGUCUCGUUGCGGCGUUUGUAAUACAUGGAAAGGUUAUUGUGCAGGAUGUAUGGCGAGCAAAUGUCGGAUGGGACGAAACUAUCCCAGAUGAGGUAUUCUGUCGUUGGGAACAGUGGCUCACAGUUUUACGGAAUAUGGAGAAUAUAAAGAUCCCUCGAUGCUAUUUUCCCGGCUACGAUAUAAAUAGUUUGGAUUCGUUGGAGCUACACAUAUUCGUUGAUGCCAGUGAGCAAGCCUUUGCAGCUGUAGCCUAUUUCAGAAUGCUGGAUCAAGGACGUGUGCGCUGCGCUUUAGUCUCUUCAAAGACCAAGGUCGCACCCCUUCAACCGUUAUCUAUUCCGCGUUUAGAACUACUUGCAGCCGUUCUAGGAGCACGACUGAGGAAAACCAUCGAGGAAGGACAUUCGUUUAAGAUAAAGCGUACAUAUUUCUGGACCGAUUCAACCACCGUCCGCUCAUGGAUUAAAUCCGAUCUACGACGAUAUCGUCCAUACGUGGCAUUUAGGGUUAACGAGAUACUCAGUCUGUCGAAGGUCGAUGAAUGGAGGUGGGUUCCAACACGACUCAAUGUCGCUGACGAGGCCACGAAGUGGGGACGAGGCCCGUCCUUUGAACCCGCUAGUCGGUGGUAUAAGGCACCUGAAUAUAUACACGACGAAAAUCAUGAAUGGCCAAAGGACCCUGUUGACAUCGGGGAAGCCAGCGAAGAACUACGACCAGCCUAUUUAUUUGCGCAUUGGGAAUGUCUGCAUAGAUGCGUUGCGUAUGUCCAUCGGUUCGUGGACAAUUGUCGACGAGCGAACUCCAAGAUACCGUUGGAAACUGCUGGUUUAACGAAAAAAGAGUUGCAGAAAGCAGAGCGUAGUUUAUGGCGGUCGGCGCAAUCGGACGAGUUUCCGGACGAAGUUGCAACGUUGAAGCGCAAUCUACGAGUGAGAAACGAGGAUCGGAAGCCAUUGGAGAAAAGCAGCAAGAUCGCAACAGCUACGCCAGCGAUGGACGAGUUCGGGAUUCUCCGAGUGGAUGGACGGUCGGAAAAAGCAGAAUGCCUAACCUAUGAUGCUAAAUAUCCUGUUAUUCUGCCGAAGGAACAUCGGAUGACCAGACUUCUUCUUGAUUGGUACUACCGUAUUUACCGUCAUGCAAACAACGAAACUAUCGUGAAUGAAGUCAAGCAGCGAUUCUACGUGCCAAGGUUGAGAGUUCAAGUACGUCUUGCUAGAAAAAAUUGUACAUGGUGUCGAGUACAUAGAGCUGUUCCUGCUGUACCCAAGAUGGGUCCAUUACCUUGCGUUAGAUUGACGCCAUACUUGCGACUGUUUACGUUUGUGGGAAUCGACUACUUCGGUCCAUAUCAAAUACAAAUCGGACGGAGUGUAGUUAAAAGGUGGGUGGCCCUUUUCACCUGUUUAACGAUCAGAGCCAUUCAUUUGGAAGUCGCAGCGAGCUUGUCUACAGACUCUUGCAAAAAGGCCAUUCGUCGCUUUAUCGCCCGCCGAGGUGCUCCACAGGAAAUUUUCUCCGACAAUGGUACCAAUUUUGUCGGUGCGAGUAGGGAGCUGAAGAUAGAGUUGAAAAGGGUCAACAAGGAUUUAGCGAGUACGUUCACCGAUGCCAAUACGCAGUGGCGAUUCAAUCCACCUGCGGCACCGCAUAUGGGAGGUUGUUGGAAAAGAAUGGUAAGGUCGGUGAAAGUCGCACUGGGAGCCCUUCCGACGGAGCAUAGAUUAGACGAAGAGUCAUUCAUCACGUUGUUGACAGAGGCGGAACAUAUGAUUAAUUCUCGUCCCCUGACAUUCGUGCCGGUAGAAACUGCUGAUACCGAGUCGCUCACCCCGAACCAUUUUUUGUUGCUAAGCUCCAAUGGGGUUCAGCAGCCGGUAAAAAAUCCCGUCGAUGCGAGGGCUGCAAUUAGGAGGAGCUGGAAUAUGAUCCAGCACGCAUUGUACAAUUUUUGGCGUCGGUGGAUAAAUGAAUAUCUGCCUACAAUAACCAGACGGACAAAGUGGUUCCAGGAUGUAAGAUCAAUCCAGGAAGGUGAAUUGGUGCUGAUAGUGGACGAGAAUGUCAGAAAUCGGUGGUUGAGGGGACGUGUGGUCCGGAUAUACCCCGGAAAGGACGGACCAGCUCGUCGUGCAGAUGUUCAAACGAGUAGUGGAAUUUUGCAACGUCCGGCGACUAAACUCGCUAUAUUAGAUGUUGGAGAUGUAGGUGACGCCGAGGCAAAAGCUCUAGCGACACGAGGGGGAGAAUGUUGA